GCAAAAAAUUUGGGUCUCUUAUGGUAAAGCGUACAGAUCUCCAUGGAACCCUGUUUUGAGUUUGACCUUUGACCAGUUGGGAAGUUUGUGAGGGAUUUCCAGUGAAUUUUAAUGCCAACAGUCAACAGAUACCUGAUCAAUUUGAAAAGGUGGACUUGGAGGACCAUUUUCUACAGAACAAGGUGGAUUCCAGUAUUGUCCUUCAUGCCUCGGUUUCCAUUGGAAAGUGGGGUUCCUCAGGUAGUGAAGAGAGCAGCAGAUGUCAGAUGGUGCCAUCGACCCCGUGGCCUGCAGCCAGUGUGUGGCUGAUCAUGAAGACUGGAAUGAUCUUGAGCCGAGCCAUAACUCAGGGCUGCCUAGCUAUUGGUCAUCCAAUCAGAGUCAAGGCCACUGAGGGAACAUCACUGGAAGGAUAUAAAUUAAUCCUCCAGAAAAGACAUAAAGAAAAUGAUUCUCAGAAGUGGGUGUUUGGAACUGAUGGCUGCAUUUAUUCUAAGGCUUAUCCUCAGUUUGUUCUGACCUACCUAGAGGAGCUAAAGGCACAAAUGGAUGUGACCCAGACAGAGUAUCACAUUCACCAUGGCACCUGGACCACAGCUCAUCAGGAACAUGGCAGCAGCUUAGCAGGAGAGGUUCUGCAAGAAAGUGCCAGCAUCCCUGGUUUGCAGCAACUGUCGGAGCCUUCAGACACCCAUUUGAUGCCAGAAGGUUCUCUUGGGGAGACAGGGCAGCUGACAGUGGCACUGGUGAGGAGACUGGAGGAGAAACAUCCCAAGGCUUCUGCUCAGAGGUGGGCCAUAAAACAUGCGGGGACCAGUAAGCCAGGCCAGUGGAAACAUUCCAGAGUCGAAAAUCCUCUCUGGAAUAAGCUUACCUACAUGUGGCCAGUCCUUCCCAGCGGCCAACUUAACGAGGAGUUUGAUUGGCCAAUAGAAGGACUGCUUAUUCCAAACAGUCCUUCCAUGAAGAAACCCAUCUGUAAGUCACUGGAGCAGGAUGUGCCUGUAAGACUCAGAGUUCUGCGGAAUGGAGACAAGAAUAAAAACAGAGCACUUGUUAUAAUGAGUCCAGACAUAUCACCUGGGCGGAAAAUGCAAAAUGUUGACACUGAAAUGAAAGAGAAUGUGAAAAAGUAUGUCACUAAAUAUUCUAAAACCAAAACAAAGCAGACUGAAUAUCAUCAACUUUUAGAGAGGUGUACUGAAGUUCUACAUUUACCUUCUGCAGCUCGGAGGUUGUUCAAUGAAAAGGGAGAGGAAAUCUUUUCUGUAAAAGACCUUCAAAGAGAUGAACUGGUAUACGUUUCAUGUGGGGAACAUUGGAUCAAUCCUGACCUGUCCAUUGCUCAUCAAAAGAAGCAACUCUUCCUGAGGAAUUUAACAUCAGACAUUUCUAAAAUUCAAGCCUUCUGCAAUACACGUAAGACAGAGGCUCUUGUUUUAGAAGUCCAAAGUGACAUUGUGUCUGGAGCCAAGCUUGCUGUGUGUAAGCCCGUAGCAACUUCUGGAGAAGAGAAGCAAAUUAUAGAGCCAGAGGAAGAGCAAAUGCAAAAAAAUGCUUUAACAACGGAAAGUGCUCCCAGUAAAACUCUAGAUUCACAUGCAAAAGCCCAUCUCCGAAUGAAGGCUCGUCACACACCUCUCAAGUAUGCCUGGCAGGAACCUUCUCAUAUCUCUGAUGAGGGCGACAGUUUUCCAAAGAAGAUGCAGGAAGAGAUCUUAGAAAAUGUGGAACCACAGAGAAAAUACAGCCAUUCUCCAAAGCGGAGUAAAUUGCAGAAGUUCUGCCACCAGCAGUUUGAAUACAGAGAUGGGCAAAUCAUAAGUCAUGUGGCUCCUCAGCUAGUCCUGGGGGUGCGAGGUCCAGACCUGCGUUCAGGCAUGGAGGUGGUUUUGGUGGAGAAAAAAGCCAAUGACGGUCAUCAGCGCUGGAUGCACAAGGAAGGCAGCAGGACCUUUCACCUGGUGAGGAACCCAGAGCUUGUGCUGGCUGUGUCUAUGACCAAGACGGGGAAUGAAGUCUGCAGCUAUCCAGUUAUUGUUCAGAAAUAUAAGCCCUAUAACAAUGGCACUUCCAAUCAAAAGUGGAAUUACAUUGAAAAUAAGAAUACUUUUAUGGCCUUCCAUAGCACUGCACUGGAUAAGGAAAUCACAGCCGCAAAUUAUGCUGGAAUUUGUACAUCCUCUGUAGUUAAAGAAAACAUUGAUCAACCAGGAUACUAUUCUCUCUCACCUUCUGGAAAGAAAAAAAUGAUGCUGUGCCUGGCCUGUGGACGAUCCCUGAGAGCAGAGAAAGGACUGAAGCAGCUGCCUGCAGGGCUGCCAUUCGUCUGUGCCUCAGGCUCCGAGACCCAGAGGCCCUUCUCACGAGGGCCUUUCAAGACCAUCCAUGUGGCCGAGGUUGACUUAUCUUCUUAUGAGGCUGAAAAAACUCUAAGUCAUUAUGAAGAACAUCUAUUAUCUUUACGGAUGAAGACCUGCACACAAGUUGUAGCUCCUAUUGGUACGGCAGCUGCACUCCAGAAGCCGGUGAAAAUAAUUGCAUACAAAAAUGGAGAUGGAUAUCGAAAUGGGAAGUUAAUUGUGGCUGAAACAUUCCCCAUGCUUCUUACAGAAUGCACGGAACAGCUUGGUCUUGCCCGAGCAGCCUCCAAAGUAUAUACUAAAGAUGGAACCACAAUCCUUUCCCUGCGUGAACUGGUUUUAUGGGCUCUAGAUAAAUCAUUUAUCCACAGAGACCCUGAGGAACAAAAGAAAGAGGCAGCCCCCAUUGGAACAAAGGAGACAACUAUUAAACAAAACCCAAGACUGAAAGUGAAAAACAAGUUAUUUCCAACAUCUGUGACAUCCGAUGGUUUGGAUGGUAUAGAUGAGUCUUUGUUCACCCUCCUUCACAGAAGCCCGAUUGCCAUCUGGGUAUCUUGUGGGGAACCAUUUUUAUCUCCCAAUGCUUUGCAGAAAGCAAAAAAAUUAGAAAAACAGAACUGGCAAAAAAAGGACAAAAUUUUGGCUGACUUAGACACCAUGAAGCACAAAAUGAGACAGUUAAAAGGGCGGCGAGUAGCAGCAUGUCAGCCAGCCACCAUGGUUCCCAACCAAAGCCCUGUGCAGCCGGUGGUGGUGGAAGGAGGCUGGACCGAACAGACACAAGAGGAAAUUAAACUCAUGGAAUGUAUAAGACAUACAGAGGCACACCUUUCUGAAAUCCAAGAACGGCAAUCCAAGAGAAAUUCUCCAACUGCAACUAAACAUACAGCAUUCAAGCAGAGCAGCCUGUAUAAGCAACCGAACGCAAAACGGGUCUGGGUUUAUCUAAAUGGAUGCAGACCAGACGAUGGCACUUAUGCCUGGGGCAAAAGCAUUUCAGAGCUGCUAGAUGACUGCUCGGCUCGUCUGAAGAUGGCCCGCCCAGCCAGCACCCUGUACACCCCCGGGGGAGAGCUGAUUCUGUCCUGGGACCAAAUAGAGCGAGACAUGGUCAUCUGUGUGUCCACAGGACAUGGCUUCAUAACCCAAAAAGAGUUAAAACAACUGAUGGAGGUCAGAGCCAAUUAUGCCAGAAUCCGAAGGCAGCAGGGCCCUGAAGCCACAGACAUCGUGGUGUCUCCACCCGAGAAGCUGCAGUCUCUGGUGAGCAGAAAGAACGAGCAGCAGUUUUGUUCUCAGCACAAUAAACUAGAAUUCGGCGUAAAUGGCAUGGUUGGGGCUGCUUGGCCAGAAGCAACUGCAGAGCAAGAUCAACAAAAACCACUCAGGAGAGGGCUGAUGAGAGAAAGAAAACUUUCUUCGCCUAUUUGUAAACAGAAGACUGUGACAGAAAAGCCUAUUAUUUAGAUUGCAGAACACUCUGAAUUUAGGAGAAUCCACUUCUAUAAAAGAAAUCUGUGUCAUAUAUUUAAAAUUUAGUCCUAAAAUGUAUCCUUUGAAAUGACUAGCCCAGCAGGUGUG